GCGCCACCAUACCGUCCCUUGCUUGCCACAUGCACAUAAACUCCGGCAUCCCUCCAUAGAUUUCCACCUGCCACACAUACAGCUCCACACACUUGUUCUUUUUUUCAUACACACCCCAUCCUCUGAAACCACCCCGCCCAUCCAUGCCUGUCAUUUUCACACUUAAACCCAGAAGGAUCUCAUUUAAACACUUGCAUCCUCUCCCAGUUCUGCUGCGACCUAUGCCUCCCCCUACAAACCCAGACACCCUGCCACCCACCCCCCGUUUGCAUGAUGGCUGGACCCCUUCCACCUGCCCCUCUCCUCCUAACAGAUGUGUGCACAUGCACCCACAUGCAGUGAUCCAUAUUUUCCACUCUAUGCCAAUUUGCAUUUCUCUUGCGUGUCUGUGGGGCUCCGAAAAAUGCAGGCACCCCAUAAAAACUGCAGCAGUCUUUCCUCUUCCCACGUUGGUGCAGUUCCACAGCAAUUCACCCACUUUCCAAGCAUUCGGUCGCCCCCCACCUUCCGUCAGAUUCUCCCUUAAGUCUGGCUUUCCUACAGGCACAGUUUUGUAAUCAUUUUGCCAACAUUAAAAAUGUGUUCCAGGUCCACACUUGACAGUCACUGGAAUGCUACUCCAGGACUUAGAAGAAAGUGAAACUAAUUUUAAAGGCCCCUUAUGCUUUCUGUUACCUGCCUGCUGAUGUGAAGAUAAAUCUCCCUGCUCUUUUAUUCUGAGCUAAUUUGACUUUCCCAUCUCCAAAGUGGUGCAGGGAGCCAGGAGUCUUGGCACCCAAUCCCCAGCUAUGUUGGAAACCUUCCUAAGUCAGAGCAAUGGGUCAGGAGUCUAGCAAGCCAGUCUGGCCCAAACCACUAGGAGGGUAGCAGUCCAAUACAGGCAGGAGAUAUGGAAGAAGGCAUGCUUAUGUCAGUUUCAGGCUAUCCACGAGCCAGCAGAACAGGAUUUGCAACCAGAGAAAGACAACCUCUGAAGUCCCAAUGCACAGAUCUGCCCCCAGUCAAACCACCAAGAGGAGCCAGUCACCAUUUUCUACCAUUCGUUGUAGUUGGGAUGACAGUGAGAGCUUGGGCAGCAGUCUGAAUGUUGAUAAUGAGGACUAUUCCAGUACUUCCAAAUGGAGGGAUACAGCCAACACUGAUGAAGACCACUCCGAUGGCCUGGCGAGAAGAGGCAGAGGUGACAGUUCAAGUGGCUACCCUGAGCUGAAAUACCCUGAACAAAAGAGGGAAGCAAGGAGUGACCAAGUGAAGCCAGAGGAGGUGCUGAGACAACGGUGUACCAUGGCCGACCCUGACUUCCGGACCUACAGUGAUGAUUACUACAAGUACUGCGACGAAGACUCUGACAGUGACCAAGAGUGGACUGCUGCUCUGCACCGCAAGUAUCAAGGGGAAGAGCAAAACCUAUCCUCCAGUGGCAAAAGCUGGGAGAUGCUACCAGGGAAGGAAGAGCAUGAGCCCGAGCAGCCUGGAGCGAAGGCUGGUGGCAGUGCCAGCCCUGUCGCCGGUGCCAGUGCUGGCAGCAAUGGCAGCAAUUACCUGGAAGAAGUUCGAGAACCCUCUCUUCAGGAGGAGGAGCAGGCAUCCCUGGAAGAAGGAGAAAUCCCUUGGCUCCAAUACAAUGAAAACGAGAGCAACAGUGAUGGGGAUAAUGAUUCUGGUCAUGAGUUUAUGCAACCUGGGGUGUUCAUGCUGGAUGGGAAUAACAACUUGGAAGAUGACUCCAGUGUCAGUGAAGACCUAGAAGUGGAUUGAAGCCUCUUUGAUGGAUUUGCAGAUGGACUAGGAAUGGCCGAAACCAUUUCCAAUGUGGAUCCCCAGUUUCUCACCUACAUGGCACUUGAAGAACGCCUGGCUCAGGCAAUGGAGACCGCCCUUGCACAUCUGGAGUCCCUCGCCGUGGACGUGGAGGUGGCCAGUCUGCCCGCGAGCAAGGAGAGCAUUGAUGCUCUCCCUGAGAUCCUGGUCUCUGAAGAUCACAGCACAGUGGGUCAGGAAAUGUGUUGCCCCAUUUGUUGCAGUGAGUAUGUAAAGGGGGAGGUAGCGAUGGAGCUGCCAUGCCACCACUAUUUCCACAAGCUGUGCGUGUCCGUCUGGCUUCAGAAGUCAGGCACCUGCCCUAUGUGCCGCUGCAUGUUCCCUCCCCCACUGUAAAGACCUAGGUGAUUUACUCCUGGUCUGAUCAUUUUGCCCAAGCAAAAUCCACAAUAUUGCAGGAGCCCUCUCAGAAUUAAUGAUUGAGAUGAGAAACCGAUCAGUCAAUUAAGCCAAGCCUGUUGAUUCCUUGUGAUCAUUUCCAGUGUGAAAAUUGUUGUGUGUGAUUGCAUUAAAAAUCAUGUUGUAACUUAGAGGUUAGAAAGGGAAAACUAGACUUUCUAAACAGUACUUGAGAUUGCAGUAAAGGACAUAAUUUUCUAACCUGAAAGUUGCAAUAAGUUGCAUUUUUUUUCUUCAGUAGAAUACUGAAGUUGCUGUUAACUGUACUGUCAAGUUUCUCUGUUAAAUAUGUCCAAAAGACAUAAUCAUUUCUGUUGCAUGUGUAUGGGUUAACAUUCCUGUAAUUGCAGUGCAAUAAAAGCUUAUUAAAGUUCUGCUUUUGGUUUUACAUGGUA